AUGGAACCAUCUGCAGUAGUCCGAAUGCCCCAGUGGGAUUCAGACUCGAUUUCAAAAUCCGCUUUAUCAUCGGUAUCAAAAUGGCUGCCACCAAGGGACGAGCACAGCGACUUCUGGUGGAGCAUGGCCGGGCCUCACUUCGCUACCCUUUUUCGAAAUGCAGACUACAGUCUGGAAUCCCAAUAUGAGUUUCUCCUUUUCAUUCAUCAUUAUGUGGUUCCAAGACUGGGUUUCUGUCCUCGUACUUUCGCUUCUGGGUCGACGAGCGGAGACAGUGGACUCUCCCUUGAUGGCACACAUAUUGAAUACAGUUGGAGAUGGAACGAACCCGACACUAAACCCGAGAUCCGAAUGGUCAUGGAGCCGUUCAGUCGAUUUGCGGGCACCUACAUGGACCCUUUGAACAUCAAACCAGCUACCGAGUUGCUCUACUCCAUGAUUCCGCAGAUUCCAUCUCUCGACAUGAGUCUGUUCAAUCACUUCAUGGGGAAGUUCUACGACGCAGCACAGCACAUGUACUUAGAGACUAAUGAACGGCCGAUCAUGACAAACCUUUGUCUUGGAUUUGAGUUUCUUGGCCAUGAAAUCCUUCCCAAGGCAUACUUCUUUCCCCGCAAACUUGGUCAAAUUGGCCUUACUCCCAUGGGUGUCUGGGAAGACGCAAUCGUGUCCGCAGUGCCCGACACUCCAACCAUCGGCUCUGUCUUCUCUUUCAUCAAGGAGGAGGCGCCAGACCUUGGCUUGACACUCACGCCGUUAUGGCUGGGUAUUGACGUCAUUCGUCCGGCUGAUGCGCGCCUCAAGCUAUACUGUGUCGAGGCUCGCACAUCAUUUACAAGCGUCAAAUCUGUGCUGACCAUGGGCGGAAAAGCCCGCGUUUCUGAAAAAAUUCUUGAAAAGGCCUGGGAACUAAUGAAAGCAGUUUGCAACCUCCCACCCGAUUUCCCUCAAGAUAAAGAUCUCCCUAGAGCACCUCAGUACAACGCCUCGACUGACGGCGUUGAUACUGCGGGUCUCUGGGGCACAUUCGCUUACUAUUUUGAUAUAGGACUUCGUCAGCAGGAGUUCCCUGAUGUGAAAUUCUACAUUCCCGUCUGUCACUACGGUGUCAACGACGAGGCAAUUGCCUCAGCCGUGACCAAAUGGAUGAUAGACAAUGGGCGAGGUCAAUAUGUAGACGCCUACUGGAACUCUCUUCGCGAGAUUAUUACACACAGGCCUCUCGAAGAGUCUCGCGGUGCCCACAUGUGGCUCUCAAUGAUGGUCAGAAGUGGCAAACUGCAGGUAACUACGUACAUUGCUCCGGAAGGACAUCAUCCUAAGCGACAGGGGGUUGUUGCGGGGACAGGUCGAGAUAUUGUUACACGUGUUACGAGCUGUUGA